GUCAUGUCGGCGGGCUGGUGGAGCAGCGACACGGUGACCCACGGCCUCGUGGCGCUGUUCGCGAUGGGCUCGUGGAUUUCCGUCAACAGUUUGUGGGUCGAGCUUCCGGUCAUCGUCGGCAAGCUGCCCGAAGGUUGGAACUUGCCGGCGUACCUGUCAGUCCUGAUCGCGUUGGGCAACGUGGGUCCGGUGGCGGUGACGGUGACGCACCAGUGCGCGCCGGGCCGCCUGAAGGAGCGGCCGGUCAUCCACUGCGUCCAGGCGCUGGCGGCGGCGGCGGCGGCGGCGCUGGCCGUCUUUUGGUCGCGCACGACGGCGGUGGGGGGGCAGCCGCGCUCGCUGCCCUUCCUGGUCCUCGCCUUGGCGCUGUCGCUGGCGUGCUGCACGUCCAACGUCACCUUCCUGCCGUUCAUGUUCCGGUACCCGCCGCAGUACAUCCGCACCUUCUUUGUGGGGCAGGGCCUGAGCGCGCUCUUCCCGUGCGUGGUGGCGCUGGGGCAGGGCGUGGGCAGGCUGGAGUGCCCCGUCGUCAACGGCACCGUGCGGCCGCGCUACCUCCCAGAGAAUUUCCCCGCCCAGAACUUCUUCUGGUUCUUGUUCGUCAUGCUCUUGAUUUCUGCUCUGAGCUUCCUGGCUCUGACCACGCGGGCGACGGCGCGAAAGGAAGCCGACGACGCCGGCGUGGAGCGUUCAGGAAGCCAGGACGCAACGGAUAAAAGCAGGGACGAGACGCACCCGCUCAGCAACGGCAGCUCGCCGCCGGCUCGGGAAGACGUCGCGCCGCCGUUCUGGACGCGGCGCAACGUCUACCUCCUGGCGCUGCUGGCCGUCUCCAACGCGCUCACCAACGGCGUCCUGCCGUCGGUCCAGAGCUUCACGUGCUUGCCGUACGGCUCGCUGACCUUUCACCUCUCGGUGGUCCUCGGCAACAUCGCCAACCCUCUGGCCUGCUUCCUCGCCAUGUUUGUCAUCCUCAGGUCGUCGGCCCGUCUGGGUGUCUUGUCCCUGGCGGGCGGGGUCUUCGCGGCGUACCUCAUGGCUCUGGCCGUCCUCAGUCCGUGUCCGCCUCUGCAAGGGAAAACCGCCGGCGUGGUCUUGGUGGUGCUUUCCUGGAUCCUGUUCACGGGCCUGUUCUCGUACCUGAAAGUGGCCAUCGGCACCGUCCUGCACGAGGCGGGCCACGCCGCCCUGCUGUGGUGCGGCAUCUCCAUCCAGGCGGGCUCGCUGGCGGGCGCUCUGGCCAUGUUCCCGCUGGUCAACGUCUACGCCGUCUUUCAACGGGGGCAGGACUGCCACCGGUGCCUUUGAGACCAGAUAAGAACUCCACUGGCCGGCGACGCCAUUUCUCGCCGAUUGGCCCGUUGAGCCGCUAACCGUCGUCUUCCUUCCUUUAUGAAUUGCGUCCAUCUUUUUGCGCCGCUUCUGCCUUCACCCGAAAGAGGAAUCGCGUUUCCUUCAGGACUUCAUCACUUGGUUCCUUGUUUGCCUUCAAAUAUUCGGACGUCACGUGACUGUCGAGUUUCUCUUGUUGUGACGCACCAAAGUCACGAGAACCGUGCAGAAAGUCUACACGCCCCUGUUCAAUUGGGAGGAGUUUGUGAUAUUAAUAAUGGAGCCAAGUUAAAUCAUUUAAUUUGGUAUCAUGGGGGGGGGGGGGGG